CGGGCCCCGCUGCCGCCUCACGCCUCACCGCGGCAUGGCGACGGCCGAGGAGCAGAGCCGCGAGUACCUGCGGCGGCACCGGCUGCCCGAGCUGCUGCACCGCCUCGGAGCGCUGCUGCUCUUCCACCGGCCCGAAAGGCCACGCGAGUUCCUGAUCCAGGUGCUGGAGAGGGUAAAGGCUGGGAGACGAGCCGAGGGCGAGUACCCGUUCCUCAUGGACGAGGCCAACGUGGACGCCAUGUUCAGCCUGCUGGAUGUCCUAGGCCAGGGCCACAUCAGGCCCGUGCAGUACAGGGAAGCUGCCCACAGGACCUGGAACUUGGGAAAGUUGAGAGUUACAUGUGGUUGUUUCCUACAUAGAACUCUUAAAACUUUGGGACUGAGCACUGAGGAUUUGGAGCUAGACGAUGACAUGCUUAUCACACUGGAUGUAUUCAAGAAAGGAAUGAAGAAAAAGAUGCUGGAGAGCUGGUCUGUGUAUUAGUUUGAGCAGCGUUCUGCAAUAUAUAUAUAUAUAUAUAUAUAUAUAUAUAUUAAAAACAGGCAUCUUCCCCAGUUUUUCUUCUGGUUUGUCAGCUGUGUUGAUUUUAAGCAAUACUCUCUUUUUCUCAUCUUCCCCACCCUUCAGAGGAACAAUCAGCUGAAAAGGACAAAUGACAACAAUGUCUUCAUGUUGAGAAGGCACUGAAGGGAGUAUCUUUAAGAAUUGCUGUUCUUAAUAUAAUUAGACAGUUAAAAAAAGAAGUAGAGAUGUCUUACGCAACUGAAAUAGUAUUUUGGAGUUUCCUCUUUCAAAUUAUAGUUUACAGUAAAGAAUUGUUACCCGUUGGCUCAUUACCACUGAAUAAAAUCAAGUUUGUUUUUGGCCUGG